AUGAUAUUGUGUUGGGGUGAAGGCCAUGGUUCGGCUAUUCACGAUCAUGUCGAUGUCCAUUGUUUCAUGAAAAUGCUAAGGGGCGAAUUGCAAGAAAUUCGAUAUGCAUGGCCAAUUAACGUUUCGGGAUUAACGGAUACACUUGGACUGCAUCGGGUUGAAAAUCCUAGCCACAGUGAUAGUGCCGUUUCGUUGCAUUUUUGUUCCAUUUUCCACAAAAAAACGGGGAAACGAACCAGCUGUAUUGUAACUUUUUGGAGCAAAUUUAUAGAAAAACGGGAUAAGGUAACAGAGUCACGAUCAAGUUUAUAA